AUGGACAAAAUGGGUAUGGAUUCGUCCAAAAUCGAUGAAAUUAAAUACUAUCUUAAGAUGGGUCUAGUCGAUAUGAAUGAGAACGAUUAUGUUGAUGAUGAAUCUUGUGAAUCUGUCGAUAAUGACGAGCCUGAUUGGACGCCAGACUCAUGCACAACAAAUUCUCUUGAUGAACAAUCGUCAGCAUGUGAAACUGAUAUCCCAUUUGAACAUGAUGAAUGGCUUGUUUUUGAUUCAACUUUGGGUCGUCACAGAUCGCCUCGGCUCCUUGAAUUUCUUCGUCUUCUUCUCGACAAAACACAUUAUGCUUCUUAUGCAUCAUACACGAAUCUAUCUAUUGGAAUGUUCACGAUUCAUAAACCAAAUGAGGUUGCUGCUCUAUGGGAAAAAGUUAAAUCUCGACAGUCAAAUCAUACAAUGACUUAUGACAAAUUUGCUCGUGCUAUUCGAUGGUAUUAUAAAUUGGGUAUAAUGGUUAAAACAAAUGCUCGAUAUACGUUUCAAUUUGGACCAGGCAUAUUACUGCUUGAUCAAAAUAUGAAUCACAGUAGUUCUUAA